CCGAGAACGGAGCUGGGACCGGGAGCGGGAAAAGGAUCAGGAAACACGACCGGGACCGGGAGACCAACAGCCAUGAACAUCCGAAACGCGCGGCCCGAGGACCUGAUGAACAUGCAGCACUGCAACCUGCUCUGCCUGCCCGAGAACUACCAGAUGAAAUAUUACUUCUACCACGGCCUCUCCUGGCCCCAGCUCUCUUACAUCGCCGAGGAUGAGAACGGGAAGAUCGUGGGAUACGUCCUGGCCAAGAUGGAGGAAGAUCCCGAUGAUGUCCCACACGGACACAUCACAUCCCUGGCAGUGAAACGCUCGCACCGGCGCCUGGGGCUGGCACAGAAACUCAUGGACCAGGCGUCCCGAGCCAUGAUCGAGAACUUCAACGCCAAAUACGUGUCCCUGCACGUCAGGAAAAAAAAUCGCCCCGCCAGGAUCAGCGAGGUGGAGCCCAAGUAUUACGCAGAUGGAGAGGACGCCUACGCCAUGAAAAGGGACCUCACCCAAAUGGCAGACGAGCUGAGGAAGCAGGUGGAGCAGAAGGAGAGGGGCCGGCCCCUGGCCCCCGCCGAGCCCCCCCGGGGUGGGGAUGGGGUCUGCGGCUCCGGGGGGACCCCCUCGCACCCCCCCACGGGGCCCCCCCACCACGAGGAUGGGGGGGGCGACAGCAAAGACGUCAGCGAGGUCAGCGAGACCACCGAGAGCACCGACGUCAAGGACAGCUCCGAGGCCUCCGACUCCGCCUCAUAGGGGGACCCCCGGGACCCCCCCCAAAAAAAAUCCUUGGGACCCACCCCCCGGG